GCGCGCUCCCCCCUCCGGAGCGGACGACGGGUUUGUGGCCAGCGGAGACCGUGGGUUGCGUCUGGUGGAGGGAGAGUGAGCGGGCCGGGGCCGCCGUGAAUGGACUGACACGAGAGGGGGAUUUACAUUUCAACGGGCGUCGCGCUCCGCAAAAGAUUCACACAACGCCGCGCGUUUUGGGGGGAAAAGCGAACUCGACGCGCCGCCGCGUCGUGUCCGUGCCAUGCCCGCGUGUCGCCGCCGUCGUCGCGAGGGGACUGAACUUGCCAGCGGUCUAUAUUUGCCGAGGAGGGAAACCAAUACGAGGUCUCGCCGUCUCGCUGGAGCGGAGUAUUAUUAGCGGUUCAGACAGUGCAACUGUCUCUCUCUGGUAUGUAAAGCAUUUCAGCCAGUGAACAACAAAAAAAACAACCGUUUGUGUGUUGGAACACAACGAGCGGCGCGUAAAGCGAGGGUUUUCCAGGACGCGUCCGUGUUUUCACAUCGGCGCGGCGCUUUAAAUGACAGCGGUCAAGUGCAGGGGGGGGAACAAUAAUCCACGGGGGCGACGCCGAACGCGGUUUUUACACGGUAAUAACCCUCUUCCGCCAGCCGGAGAGACGAAAACAGGAUCCGACCUCCGGCCGGAGCCCACUCCUCAGCGCGCCUGCCCUUUAAACCGCCGAGGCCACGCAGGGAGCGCGGCUUUUCCACUCUUGUUGCCGAUCCACCUCGACAUCUAUACACGAAUAUCCUGCUGUGUGUAGGCGCGUUGAGUUGUCUUCAUCGACGACGGCCCUCACGACACUUGCUCGACCCGGUAGAUAUUCCAGGCGGGGCAAGAGUGACAUUCCAAACAAAAUCAUGCACUGCAAUUACGCAGCAGCAAAACCUUCCUAGCUUUUAGUUUACAAAAUAAAAAACACUAAAGAGGGAGCUUUUAUUGGAAAAAAAGAAAAAAAACAUUGGGGGCUGAGCAAAAGAUAAACAUUCACUUGGCUCCCAUGCUGGCUGCCAGAAAUCCUCUCCUCCACACCCUCAGCCAUGCCUGCGACCACCAAAUCCACCAGGAGACAGACACCUGCCCAGAGGAAAAAUGCCCAGAAAGUGAUCAGCAGCAAGAGGAAAACCUGUAAUUCCAACAAACCCCAGGGAAGAGCAACAGAGCGGCCCCAGAAAGCACCUGCUGAACCAAAAAGGUCAACGGCCAGAGCGCAGGCACAGUCCGGCCAAAGCCCCCGUGGAAGAGGGGUUGGCGGGCCUGCUGGCCGGGGCCCCGGGAGGCCCCCUGGCCGAGUUAACCAUGCCCUGAAUAUAACAGGAUCUGCAAGGCUUAGACGGCAGAGCAAUCUGCCCGACCACUGUGGCGAGUUACAAGACCCCCCAGGGCGAAGGGCAUCCCUGCGGGGCACGCGGCUGUCCGCUGCUCCCUGCCAGCCUCCUAAACCUGGCAGACGAGGGAGAAACAGCAGGGGGGGCGCGGGGAGAGGAGCAGCGUCACAGCACAGAAACACAACAAACCAGCCCUCAAGCGCCAGCGUCAACGAUUCAACCCCUGGCGAGGAUGACGAGGAAAACGGGAAACUGGACACCUGUGACGUCGACGGAAUCCUUCCAGUGUCUCCAAAGACGGAUUCUGACGUUCCUGCUACUAUCAAAGAUCAGGGUCUCGGGGUCAACAAUGCCAAAGAGGGCAGCCCUCUUAAGGCAGAUUCACCACCGUGUAACGACACACUGGAGGACUGUGUGCAGUGCAGCUGUGACAGCGCUACAACCCAGCCAGAGAAAAAGGCCGUCAGCCAGAACAUUGAAGGUGACCUGAGGUGUGCGACGGAGGCGCCUGCGUGUGACGGCGUUGACGGACACACAGGCGUCAAACUCUGCGGUGACAGAGGUGAAGACAGCACCUCUGAGCCCUCCGCGCUAAUGGGCACUGCCUCCCCGGCGGUGCAGGCUGGCGGCGAGGGAAAGGACACUUCGCCUGUCGUUGAAUGCAGUGAUGGUAAGCAGGAUGACGAUGAUGAAAGAGUUGUCGCUGAGAAGGGAGAGGAGGUAAAUCAUGCGCUAAGUGGGAGCUUGGAGGCAGAGAAAGGGAUGGAGAGACAACAGGAGCCCGGGGAAGAGGUGGAGGAGAUUGUUGAGAGGCUGGUCGACUGUGAGGGAGAAGAGCGAGGGAAAAAAGAGAAGGAGAAUGAUGUGCCCAUCAGAGCUACUGACCUCCACCCCGCCACUCCAGCCUCUCAACCUGUGGAACCUCCUCUCCCUAACAAAGGCCUGACAGCACAGUCAGAAACACCUGAAGGUGUGCCACGAGUCUCUAACACAGCUACCUCAAAUCCCACCAAAGCCCCCUCCACCUCAGACUCACUUGAACUAGAAGUUCUGAACAAGGGUAAGACCCACAUGCAACCUACCAUUCAUGGUGCUAAACCACACACCCCGGAGUCCUCAGCUGUCCCGUGUCUCGUGAAAAGAAACACGCCAGUUAUCAUCCACAGUGACUCCCUCAAAUCUAGAAGCUCGAGGGAUUCCAGCCAGGUGCAAGCGCAGAGCCUGGAGACCCUUCCUCCUCCUCAGGGAGAAAGACAAGCAUGCACACCAGCAGAGACGCAGACCAAAGAGAGUGAAUCCAAUCCCGAGCCAUCGGAGCGCCACAGCCGGAAAGAGACACCUGCACUGUCAUCGCCGCUAGUUCCUCGGCCGAGCACGGGUGCCCUUACAGCUCAGUGCGAACCAAACCUCAGCGAGGACAGCGUCGUGGUUGCAGCGACGGAGCCGGACUCAGUGCCAAAGAUCUCGACCCCGUCUCUUGACAGUAGCUCCACCUUGUCCUGCAGCUCAGAGAGCACUCGCUCCUCUAUGGACACUGAAUCGGACGCAGGGUACGGAGAGCCCGGCCCCUCUGUUCUACCCAGAUCGUGGGGGCCAGAGGGGGGCUGCUUGCCCUCGUGGACCGCUCCAAAGUCACACAGGAAAGAGCGGAAGAAGCGGAGCAGGUGUGGGACGUGCGAGCCGUGCGUGAGGAAGAUCAACUGUGGCCAGUGCAGCUGCUGCCUCAACCGCAGGACUGGCCACCAGAUCUGUAAGCUGAGGAAGUGCGUGGACCUGAGGAAGAGAAGAUCUCCGCUCGCUCUCUCUGCCGCACAGGUGGUUCCAGAAAGUGGGUCGUUAAAUGGCAAAGGCAAGGCACAGAUGGAUGACACCCACAUGGCAAAAGAGGAGGAUGAGGGGGAAGAAGGCCACAUAUCUCAUACACAAUCUCCUCCCAUCAACCACUCGCUCAACCACAACCUGGCCAUGGACCAAGUCGGACGGCCGGCACUUAUUAAAAGAGAGCCCGGGCUGGACCUGACCAGCUUUGCACUUCACCAACGCGUAUGCUCUUCUGUGACUUUUCAUAAUGGUUCUGCUGACAACCUGUCAAAACCGAAUGGUGCUAAUAUGACCUCUGGGUUACACUCUGAUCUGAAGCCUGCAUUUAAAAGAACUAUAAUGGCUUCAGAGCCUCAAAGGACUAUAAUAGCUGCAAUUCCUAAGGACUGCUCUGAAAACAGACCCAAGACUCCUCCAGACGACAUGUCGGUUCCACUAAAGAAGAUCAAGCUGAAGGAGCCGUGGAUGUGGAUCACUGAACAGGCCACCACACAGCUGAGGGAUGAAGACGAGGUCUGCGAAGACCCGCUGUCCACGCUGGCAGCCGUGGUGUGUCUCUCUGUCACAGAGAGGAAGGGAUUGGAGGAGGAACUAUUCUGCUCGCGUUCUUCCAUUCUUUGCUCCAUCAAAACAGAGCCACCAGAUAUGCACUUAGUCAAAAAGGAGCCAGAGGACUGGAAGAAUGACUUGUGUCCGACAAGCACUCCUGUUAGCCUGCAAGGGACACCCCCGCCUGUGAAAAGUGAACCUCCUGCAAGUGACUUGCUACCAAGUGUGCAGUCUUUGGCAGAGAGGGAAAAUCUUAGUUUUGAUCAGGCUAUUGCUAUUGAGGCCUUGACUCAACUGGCAGCUAUACCUGAAAACACCCCAAGGUCCAUUAAAACUGAAAGUGAGUGUGAAAGUCCCAUUUCUACUGUUGCCCCAUUUUCAACCUCCAGUACAAAUGCAACCCCGCAAGAAGCCAAACCCACUGGGGCUAUCCACUACAACAAAGUGUCUGUCAUAAGCUCACCACUACACCAGACGUCAGUCAUCCGCCCUCCUGUGGUAAGACAGGGGAAUGUCAUCCAGUGCUCUCGGGGGACAAACUCCAGCACAAAGCUGUCUCUGCAAGAUCUACUAGAGGCCAGUUCAGACAGUGAUAGAGCUCCCUGCGGGAGGACAGAACAGGGCUUUGGUUGUCAGGUCAUCAAGUCCGAAUGCAGCUUUAAAGACCCCAGGGACAUGAAGUUCAGUAAAGAUCAUGAGCGGCUGUUCGGGGAGGUCAGAGACGGGGUUGGUAAAGUAAGGAGAAACAGAGAUGAGGAGGAGGUGGCAGCCCAGCUGGCAGAUCUGGCCUUCAUCAUCCAGUCCCGACACAGCCACCCUCCAAAAGGAACACCUGUGUCGGCCAUCAAGUACAACUACAACUCCCAGCUGCCCCCCAGUCAGAAAAAGACCCCCUUAAAAAAACCAAGAGCUACACCGCCCAAACCCAGAAAGAAGAAAAGUGAUGGACAAAAUGAGGGAAGCAGCCGCAGGACCCCCCUCUCAAAACGCAUGCCAAAUGGAGAGACGCCCAACAGGGGCAGAGGCCAGAAGAUUCUCCCUCAGGGGAAAUCAGGCCUUCUCCAUAAGAGAAACCUGUUUCUGCCUCAGGCUCAAAUUGACCUGAAGAGAUACUUAGCUGAGACUCUGGAGGAAAGGAGGCAGCUCAUCCAUCAUGCUAACACACACUAUACAGCCGUCGUAGGGCCACAGACUCAGAGCUACAGCAAUCUCGCAAGGAUCAGCCACAAUUGUGUUCAAGAAAACCAGCCAUGGGGCCUCUCAAAUGGUUCGCUCCAUCAACACAAUCCACGCAAUGGCCAUGCUGCAGGACCGGAGCAGGAGUAUGAAAGGCAUUUGUUAUCUCAGGUAGCGCAGCCCUGUGGUGGGCUGCAGCACGGUGCUCAUCCUAACGCCAGCCCAGCCAAUACCGCUUGCCUCAGCCACGCCGCUGGGCACCCUGGUCUGGUUAACGGCUUCUCAGGGGGGCAGCAUUCCCCUCCUCCAAGUCAACAGAGCUACUACAAGCUGGAGAGGUCAGGACCCGUCACUGUCCUGUCCACGGCUGCUGAUGGAGAUCUGGGCCACUCUGCAGAGUCGACCCCAUCCAAGAACAGCAUCAACAGCUUCCUGGAGUCUCCAGUGAGUUUUCUGGAUACCCCUACCAAGAACUUGCUCAAUACACCUUCCAAAAAACUGUCUGACCUUCCGUCGUGUCAAUGCAUGGACCAAAUCAUUGAAAAGGAGGAAGGCCCUUACUAUACUCACCUUGGGGCAGGACCUAGUGUUGCUGCAGUGAGGGAACUGAUGGAGAACAGGUACGGUGCCAAAGGAAAUGCAGUCAGGGUGGAAGUUGUUGUUUAUACUGGGAAAGAAGGAAAGAGCUCCCAGGGGUGUCCAAUAGCUAAAUGGGUGAUCCGGCGCGGCAGCGAAGAGGAGAAGCUGCUGUGUUUGGUCCGCCAGAGGCCAGGGCACUUCUGCGAGUCUGCCGUGUUGGUGAUCCUUAUCCUGGCUUGGGAGGGAGUCCCUCGGCCCGUGGCAGACCAUCUCUACCGGGACCUCACAGAGACACUUUUUAAACACGGCUCCCCCACCAGCCGCCGCUGUGCCCUCAAUGAAGAUCGCACAUGUGCAUGCCAGGGUCUGGACCCAGACACAUGUGGAGCUUCGUUUUCCUUUGGCUGCUCCUGGAGUAUGUAUUUCAAUGGCUGUAAGUUUGCGCGCAGUAAAGUGCCCCGCAAGUUUCGGCUGCUUGGAGACUCCCAGGAGGAGGAGGAGAAAAUACAGAGCAACCUACAGAGUCUCGCCACUGACCUCGCACCACUCUACAAAAGACUGGCUCCAGAGGCCUUCCAAAACCAGGUGGAACAUGAGGAGGCAGGGGACGGGUGCCGGCUGGGAAUAAGGAAUGGACGUCCGUUUUCUGGGGUCACUGCCUGUGUGGAUUUCUGUGCUCACGCUCACAAGGACACUCACAACAUGAAUAACGGCAGCACUGUGGUUUGCACAUUAACCAAGGAAGAUAAUCGUGCUGUGCGUAACGUACCAGAAGACGAGCAGCUCCAUGUUCUGCCACUUUACAAGAUCUCUGAAAGGGACGAGUUUGGUCAGGUUGAGGGCCAGUGGGCCAAAAUCAGAACUGGUGCUCUGCAAGUUCUUUCUUCCUUUCCCCGAGAGGUGCGUCUACUGGCUGAACCAGUGAAAUCAGCCCGUAAGAUUAGGCAAGAAGCUCGUAUGAAGGCUCAAGCUGAGAAACUGAACAAGAAGCUCGGGCUGACUCCUCUCACUCCUGGGAAAGUCAAAAGCGAAACCCCCAAACAAGAGCCACCGGGCUACUACGGCUCGUACAGACUUCCACCCAGACCUGCCAGUGUUGGAAGGUAUCUACCUGAGAGGAACCAGCACAGCACUUACAACCAGAGCACCAGCAACUACCCCACUUCAGGGGCAGGGGACACCCCACAGAGGGAGGUUAUCUACCCCGACCACCCCAGCCGGCCUGGCCUCCAGUUCGGACAGAAUGGCUCAGCUCUCAGUAAUAAGACAAUGAGUGAGAGCGUGAAUGGUUACUCUCCGACAUCGGGUGAACGGAGUGUUCAGCCAGAGCUUAUACCUCCACAUAAUGCCCUUAGUGACUAUCCCUCUACUUUUAAAACUGAGCCCAACGAGGUGCACUGCUCUCCUCUGCGCAGACCCUCCCCCUGUGGGAGUGCUCCUCCUUCCUCCUCAUUCUCUCCGACACCUACCUCUGAGGGCCUCUUCAGCAGGCUCAACGGACUCCACAGGGCUGCAGGAGAUGUCGCGGCAGAGGUCAGGGGUCAUGGCCUCCCUCCGCUCUCAUCUCUUCCCCUCCCCCUACAAGCUCCCCAACAUGAACACGAGGAAAUUAAACAGGAGGAGGUGUGGUCAGACAGCGAGCACAACUUCAUGGACCACGACAUAGGCGGAGUCGCUGUGGCACCGUCACACGGCUCCAUCCUGAUAGAGUGUGCCCGGCGGGAGCUCCACGCCACCACCCCCAUCCUCAGGCCAAACCGCAGCCACCCCACCCGCAUCUCCCUCGUAUUCUACCAGCACAAGUCUCUAAAUGAGCCCGGCCACGGGAUGGCUAUGUGGGAUGCCAAAAUGGCCAAGAGGGAGCGGGAGAGGGAGGAGGAGGCCGAGAGAUUAAGGAUGGAGGAAAGCCUUGGCAGCGCGGGGAAGAACGGCACAGGUGGAGGUGUGGAGCUGGAGGAGGAGACAGGGAGGGAGGCAGAGGAGAAAAGGAGGAUCGUAAAUGUCCCAACACGCCAAGCAUGGACUCUCCCGAGGGAUGGUGUCAUCACCAUGGCCCCGUAUGCUCUUACUCAAGUGACAGGCCCCUACAAUCGCUGGACUUAGUCGAAAUUUUUAAACACGCACACACACACACACACACACACACACACACACACAACUCCUACACCCUACGCUUCUGCCUUACCUCAACCAACUUUAAAAUGCUACUCUCAUUUUUACGUCGUUUUCAUUGUGCUUUUCUAAUCCCUUUGUUCACUUUGUCCUUCUUCUUCUUCUUCUUGGCCUUCGAAGUGAUGAAGAAGACCAAAGUUUGUUGGCUUUUUAACUGUGAGUUUCGGUGUUGGUUUUUAUUAUAAAGAUAUGGUGCUUUGAAGCAUUUUAAAGGCGUUUUUAAACUGGUUUUGUAUACACGACUAAGAACAAAAAAGAUGUGAUUAUUUAUUGUGAUCAUAACAAUUUCUAUUUAAUUCCUGGUGCAAGCCUGUUUACUGCAAGAAUUCUAUGAUAACCUGCAUUAUGUGUUGACACUCGGAUCGUUUGAUUUACAGUACGACUACGCUCUUUAUUUCAGCCAAUAGUUCCCUUUUCACAAGUUGAAUCUUGUUGGCUUUGACAUUGGUGCCAUUUUCACUGUAACAUUGGUUAGGCAUACGCAUUACACCACAGAAAACAAGACUAAUAUUGUGCAUAUAUUUACGACAGAUUGACACAUGUAGCAUUGUGCUUUUCUUUCUGCUGCUGCUGACUUCUGCUGGCAGUGGAUGAAAGGAAAGUUCUUGUUUGGUUUGUUGUUUUGUUUGUUUUCUCUAUGUCUGAAUGGUUUGUCUUUAAUUCACAGAUAUGUAUGGCAUAUUAAGAAGCACUUUUUUAUUUUCCUAAACUUAACUUGAAAAAGGUCCCAAACCGUAGGCCUGCAUAUGUAUGUACAGAUAGAGAUAUAUAUGACAGCUAAGCAUGAACCCUGUUUUAUUUUUACAGUUAGGAAAUUCUAAACUUAGCAGAAUGAGGAAUCAAAAAAUGCCGCAACAGUGGAGUGCUUAUCAUUAUUGGCACUUAACUUAUGUCAAACUUCUGGAAAAGGAAUUCAAAAGUCUUGAAUCAUGUGUGAUAAUAGGAUUUCAAAAACUUACUGUACAUUUUAAAGGUGCUAACGAGUCCUUCAUCUUCUCUUCAAAUCACCAAGUGUCAGACAUAUUAACAAAAUAUUCUAUCUAUUUCUAUGUUUGCUUCCUCUCUGCUUUUGUUGGAAAACCACUCAAAUAUCAGAUCCAACACGGACACUUGCCUAAGACAAUUUCGGGUGCUCGACCCUUGUGAAGACUUUGUUUACAGAUAGCUUUUUUACAGGGUCUGAAUAGGGGGGUUGUUGUCAACUCCUGGUGAAUCAGGUUUUUUUUACCCAUGAAAGAGAAGCUUUUCAUCAGUGAAAUUCCAGCAAAACCGAUAUACUGAUAUUCAGACUAACACUGGUGGUAUAACAUUUCCUAUGAGAAAUUGUAGGUCUUUUACACACUUUGACUUCAUUUUGGUGCUUAGAAGACAAGAUGUCAUGGUGCAUGCCUUUGACGUAACCUGGUUUUAUAUUCUCAACAGUGUUGGCAUGGUGCUUUUUUAAAUCUCAGCACACACUGAUCUGAUAUAUGAUUCAAUACAAAGGGUAGAUUCGUAAUUUCUCUGGAGGAUUACUGGCGAACAUAAUAAAGAUUGGGGGGUGGUAUCUCACCAUUAAUCAACAUGCUUUUCAUGGAUCAGUAAAAAGGCAAAUUAUUGUCACAGAUUAGCGUCUAUAGCUCAUAUGUCUUCCACAGGUAAUACCAACCCUCCAGCAAUUAUCAAAACUCUCAACAUACACACAAACUGAGAUGAAUGUAAACAGUUUUUAAAUCAGUUUAUUUAGAAGGAGUAUUUUUGCAUAUCACAUGGCAAAGUUACAGUUUUAAAUGUUUUACUGUGGGACAUUCUCAGUCCACAUUCAAAGUAUUUGUAUCAGCAAGGAACUAACAACUAGCACCAGCAUUCAGAAAUCUGAAGAAAAAAAAGAGAAAAAAAACUUAAGUAGAAAAUGUGUAAAUAUUUAGGAGAACCAUAUUGUUUUUACUGUACUGUUAAUGGUGUUUAGACAAUGGAUGAUCUUGCUUAUUUUGAAACUGAAAUACUGUAUGUUACUGAAAGGGUAUCCAGUUUAGACUUGAGAAGAGACUAAAUUUAGCAUUCCUUCUAUGGAUGGCUGAUCUCUUUCGGGAUUGUGAAAUAAAGUCAUAUUUAUAUUUUGGACCUGA